AUGAGUAAUUUUGAAAGUCCUUCUACGGUAUAUAAUACUCAUUAAUAUAGAAUUCCAAAUACAGUAGACACAAAGGAUAUUUAAAGUGGGAAUUAGCAAAUAAAGACGUUAAUGGAAAAUUUGAUACUCAAUAAUUAUCAUCUGAAAAAGGAUUAUUAACACGAGAAAGAUAACCAAAUUCUGUAAUGAUACCUUCAUAGAGAUUACCUUAAUAAUCACAAAUUGGCUCUGAAUCUUCAACAGUUUAGGAACAUCUCUGUUGUGAUAAAUUAGAUGAAUUAAGUAAGUAAUAUGUAAUUAAUUCAAAUUAUUUUUAGUAAUUAAUCAUCAAAGAACAAAUGAAUAAAUUAACUGAAUUAAAUCUAUUGAUAUAACAACAUUCUAAACUUUUGAUUGAAUCAUACAAUUAGGGAUUAGAAGAUGCGAAAACAUAAUAAUAAAAAGAAUAAUAAAUUCUUGAAAAUAAUAGAUUGCUUAGAGAAAGAGAUAAACAGAUUUAGGAUUGGGAAGAAAAAUACAACAAAGAAAAAAAAAUUGCAGAUGAAAAAGAGGAAGAAAUAAGGUUAUUUUAUAGCAUUAUUUAAUAGUGAGCUUGAAAAGUAAUUGAAAGGAUUAUCAUCAUAAGUUGUUGUUACAACUAGUUCUACAGAUUUAGAAAGUGAAAAAAAUUAAUGGAAAAAUAAAUUCAUUACAUUAAAUAAACAGUUUAAUGAAGCUGAAUAAUAAGUGGUUGUACUUGAAAAUGAAAUUGAUAUGCUCAAAUAAUAACAAAAAAAGAGUGAAGUUAAAGUAAGUUUGAUAAUUUUAUGUUUAGACUACUACUAGAAGAAAAACAGUUGCAAAAGAAAUCCCUUGA